AUGGCCACAAGUGGUGUCCAUUCGAGUUGUGUCCGAUUGAAAGAAGGGGACAGACGUUCACUACUGAAGGGUUUGCCCAAAACGGAUGAGGGAUCUCAUGGCGAGCGCCUACAGUUCGGCGGCUUUGAGCGCAUCGUCGACUUCCCGACGCCCGACACUCCCAACACUCUUCACGACGACAUCCCAUUCAAAGAGCUGCCAAUACUGCACAUGAAGACCACCAAAAACAAUACAGUGAUGGCUCUGGUGACGAGUGGUGGGGAACUGGUGCUGACGCGCUCGUGCGGAAUGGAGGGCUUCAAGAACUGUCGGAAGGGCACCAAUGUUGCCGCACAGGCCACUGGCCUCGCGAUGGCCAAUCGCAUCACCAAAUUGGGCUAUAAGACCGUCAGACUCACUGUCAAGGGCUUGGGACCCGGCAGGAUGUCCUCAGUCAAGGGCCUCCAGUUGGGAGGCAUUCACAUCGUGUCCAUAACCGACACGACGCCCAUAUGUGAGGUUCCCGGACAGAGACCUCCCGCCGCCAGAAGUGUGUAA